AAUAUUAUAGGUUAAACCAAACAAAUGUCGAAGUAAUGAAAGCCUUACAUCUAUUUCCGCACAUGAAUGAGUCAACAAUCAAUUCCACAUUUAAAAUUGCCAUCAAACAUGGUGAAGAAUACACAGUUUUAUCGAAUAUGCCUAUACGAGCACAAAAUAGAGCUAAUAAUCGUAUGAUGUGGACUCACUUUGAAGAAUUAGUAUCUAUUUCUUUUCAACACAUAAGGGUUGUGAUAACCACAUUGAUUAAUGUUAAUACUGACCUUGCAAAUGUUACCAUAUGGUGCAGACAAAGUGCUCGAAAACUAAUUUAUUAUGCAAGAGAUGUUAUUGAAGAGGUUAUGCCUUAUUUUAUACAAAAAUACUUGCAGACAUUAUCAAAAUUGGAUAUUGUUGCAUUCUGGCAUCCUCACGACGAUAACGAUGUGAUAUUGGGAUUCGUUUUGCUGAGAGAAGCAGAUAUCAUUUAUAAUGCAACCUUGUAUCCCGUUAUACGCAAAAGAGAAGUUGCACAUAUGAUGGCGCGUCAAUUGGCAUAUAUUUGGUGUGAAGAUGCGUUACUGUGGUCAAAAGAAGGUUUUGUUACAUUUUUCGGAGCGUAUAUCUUGGAUCAGGUAUACAAAGAUGAUCACAUGAUGGAUUUAAUGGUCGUACAAGCGCAGCAAGAUUCUUUACGUUACGACACUCCUUCUACUAAAGACUCACCAACAUUGAAAAACACAAACAUUUAUCAAGUCAAUUCACUAAGGUCGCCGCCAAAUCAUAUGAAAACAUUUAUAAUAUGGCGCAUGUUAUACAAUAUCAUUCCUGAUGCGUUUUGGCGUGGUAUCCACACAUAUAUAAAUACGUAUAAACACCGUAUUUAUAUUAAACACGACACCAGAUGAUUUAUGGGACACUAUGCAAAUUAUUCAUAAUAAAAGUGACCCGCAACAUACGCUCAGUUCUCAUUUAAAAGAAAUAAUAACCAAUUGGAUAACGAAAAAAUAUUAUUUUGUUCUAAAUGUGACACAACAUCGUUUUACACCUAUAGCGGCUUUCGACAUAGAAUACAUUCAAUCUCCCUAUGUAUUCGUUAAUAAUGAAACAAAAAUUUGGAUCCAUGUAACAUAUAUGUGGCAGUCAUCUGUUAAUUUUAACAAGACUAUUCAUUCGUUCUGGAUAGUCUCGAAUAAAUCACGUACAGUAUUUGAUUACAGUAACUCUAAUGCAACGGAUUGGAUUAUAGUUAAUAUACAACAAACUGGAUAUUAUCGCGUCUAUUAUGAUUUUGAAAACUGGAUCAAACUUGAAAACUACUUAAACUCCGAAAAUUAUGCGAAAAUACAUAUUCUUAAUCGUGCCCAAAUCAUCGAUGAUGCGUUUUACUUCUUUUUACAAAGAGAACUAGGUUAUAACUUGUUUUGGAAUCUUACAAAAUUCGUAACACGAGACGCGAAUUUUGUCACAUGGUAUCCUAUGAUUAAAGUUUUCGAAUCCUUUGCUUGCCUAUAUCCGCUUGGAUAUGGUUAUAAAAUAACGGAAAACAUGAAAAACAGAAUAAAUGAACUUCUUACAAAAAUUGGAUACACUGAAAAACCGACAGAUCACACUCUUACUAUAUAUUUGAGAGAAGAAGCUGUAAAAUGGGCAUAUAUACUCAAUGUUUCUGAGUGCCAAAAAGUAGCUACUUCGAAAUUCAACAAGGAGCUUCAAAAUUCUGUAGAAAACAGUAAUUUGAUAGGGAAGAAAUGGAUAUACUGCUGCAGUUUAAGAACUGCAAACCACACUAUUUGGUACACAAUAUGGGAGAAAUGGAAGGCAACGUCUGAUGAAAGUUAUAUAGAAUACCUAACUUGCUCUGAAAAUAAUUAUAUUAUUUGCGACUUUUUAAUACUAUUGGAAAGAAUUCCGUCUAAUAAUAGGAAUUGGACCACUAAACGUGCUAACGCAUUUCUUUCUACUGUUGCCAAAUAUGCAAAAAGAGAGGAAGUAAAAUCUUGUCUUUUUAAAAUUUUGGAAAAUAUUAGUUUUAGUUCAAAUAGGACAAAUGACAUAAUUGCAACAUUAAUUGUAAUUAUUACACACUCCGGAUAUCACAUGGCAAAGAUACUUUGGUUCGCAGAAAAUCAUUAUGAAAUACCAAUAAUUCAAGCCAUUGAAAGUAAAAUAAGGAAACGAAGAUUAGAAUACGGAAGACUAAUCAGUAACUACGGGUACUAUUUUAGUAACAUCAAAAAGACAUAACUAGCGAAAUAGCUGAGUCAAGAUGAAAGACUAAUUCACUUGUUGCUUGCAUAUGAUCUUAUAUCGAUAAUUAUUACAAUCUCUUAUCUAGUUUUUAUCAAUUAAUAUCUGAAUAUUCAAAACUAUUUAAUUUUCGUUCUGAACUAUUUCUGUUAUCUGAAUAUAAUUAUUACUUCUAAUGCUAUGAAUUUUGAAUA